AUGCCCGACGACCUCCGAGCCUCUGAGCCACGAGCCCCACGUGCCCACGGGCCGAGGAGCACAGGACCCUCGGACCCCUUUGCUCGCAGUCUCUUCGAUAGACCAGCUUGCUGGCCCAUUGACGAACAGGCCGAGUUUAUGUCCAUCAGAGUUAAC